GCGCGCGUGUGUGUGUGUUUCGCUCUCGUUCUCUCACAUACACACACACACACACACAGCACAGAAGGACUUUGCUGGACCAAUUAUCGGCCUGGUCGUGUUUUUUCUGGGCGGCAUCUGUUCUGUGCCGUUCUGUGCAGCAACUGCAGCUACAGACUAACAGUUGACGACUAACACGAACAAGUUCGCUUCAGCAUGGGCUCGUUGUGGCCUUUAUUCUGCUCCACAGUGCUGCUGUUGGUGUCACUGAGCUCAGCAUUCAGUGAUGAGCAGCGUGAAGUCACUUUUGAUCUUGACAUGCAAGAUCUAGAAGGACCAGAUCCAAUGGACAUGCUGCAGAGAGUGGUGGAGCCAGAGUUUGAUCUCUCUAAGCUCCUCAAUGGGGUUUUCAGACCGACGGCUCUGACACCAGGAGAACACAAACCACAUCUGAACCCUCGUUCCAAUGGCGGUCCUCCCAGUCUGGACUACCCCGUUCAGUUUCCUCUCGCCCGCCCGACCCUCGACAAUCUCGACGCCAUCUGUCUCCACAGUGACCGUCGUCCUCGCUACCCAGACUCUUACUUUCCUGCCUCUGGGUUUGGUCAGCUGAAGCGUAAGGCCAGUGCUGUUAAUAAGGCAGAGUCCUGGUUUGGCUCAUGCUGUGAGAGGAACCAGACGAGGCAGAGGCCGAGGGAAGUGACAUUAUGUUGUGUCACAAAAGCAUGGGAGAUGUCGGUCAAGUCUUUCUGUGAGGAGGAUUCAUCAGUGAAGAACCGUGUGUAUCACUGCUGCCAUAUAAGAGGCAGCAACAUGCUCACCUGCUUCAACAACAAUGCUCAAAACCCAAACUAUGAAGCAACAGAAGAGAUCCCGCUGCCACCACUGCACUCUAAUGCCAGAUUCAACUUCAACCCCAACAGUUGUCCAAGGACAGUGAUGACUCCAAGAGAAAACCGAGGAGAGGAGAAGCCUCCACCUGCUUCCCCAAAAACUAACAUCAACUUUCCUCCUGGACAACCCACUGCAGAGACCAUUGAAUCAGUGUGUCACAACCAGAAGCUGCGUCCCCUCUAUAGUAUGUGCCUGUCAGGUUCUGGCAAUGAGUUGUUGUCACGUCAGGCGAAGACCGUUAAUCGCAUUGAGAGGGGAUUCAAACUGUGCUGCAAGAAGAAGAAGAAGGAUGUGCUUAACUGUGCCCAACACAAGUGGCAUGAUGAGCUUAACAAGUUUUGCUCGAUUAAGAAGGGUGGAAAGCUGGAUUUCCAAUGCUGUUUGAAUGGUGACGAAUAUAAUCAACACACCUGCUUCCAAAACAUUUCCCCUGACCCUUACUAUAAUAAGACCAUAGAGGAUGUCACUCUUGACAAAAUCUGUGCCACUCACAAGAUCAUCAAGAAGAAAUUCCCUGUGGGUGUUCCUCUCAAAGGCUUUGUUGAUCAAUGCUGCCCCCUGUCGGAAGAAGAGCUCGGCAUUUGCACCAUGCAAAAGCUUAAGGAAGUAUCAAGCUCUGUGUGUUCCUCUGGAAGAGCCUCUUCUCCAGCUGUCCGUCGCUGUUGCCGCAUGCCUGCGCAAGAAAUCCCCCAGUGUAUCUCUAAACUUCUCUUGGAUGCCAUCAGCAAAGCAACUAAACUCUCACAGAAGAGGAGGAAGAAAAUUUGCCUAAUCUCCUAAAAUCCUUUGCUUCUGACCCGAGUGGCUUUGGGCCAUUCAGGGAAAUGGUGUAUGCUUGCAGCAGAGGUUGCAUCCAGUCAUUCAACAGAAAAAUGAAUGCAGCACAAAUGCAUAAAGGCUCACAAGUGAAAGGAAUUGUGGACCUUUUUCUCGCUUCAUCUGCAACUUAUUAUAGUCUGAGUUCACUUACAACAAGCAUUGAUGCAUGUUUGUAUUCAAAUGCUUUAUUAAAUGCAGAGUUUAAAAACAUCCAUACCAAUUAAUGUCAUAGUAUCACUGUAUUAUAGGACGUUUUUGUAUGCAUUUGAUCAUGAAUCAUGUGUCACUUAUUGAUCCUUUGGAGAUGUGAGCUCACUUCUCUUCUUUUUAUGUACUUUUUUGGUGAAGACUUUAUCUUUGAUAUGACAGUUCUAAUAAAAAACAAUUUACAAUGGAUGUUUUCUGUGGUAAGUGUACCUGGACAGCCUGGUAAAAUCAAGCUGAUGUAAUUCAUGGUCAAUAUGUAAAAUGUGCCUCUUAGGUGGAAUUUGGAAUAAAUACAUUUACUUAAAAGGCUGUUUCACCCAUUUUUUUUCCCACUUGGUCAAAUUAAAAGUAAAUUUAAAACAA